CGCAGCCUCCCAUCUCAUCCAUCCUCCGAUUUUAUACAUCUACUCUCUGGCACCGCACAGCCACUACGUGUUUGCUCUCUCUUCCAUCUCUCUCAUAUCUCAUCUCUCAUCUCUCCAUCGUCUCAUUAAAAAUAAUGGCCUCCACUGCUCCACUCAAGUCCCUCACUCGCGACGAAGUCGCAAAGCACAAUGCCGCCGGCGACGUGUGGAUCAUCAUCGACUCGCUCGUCUACGAUCUGUCCAAGUUUGCGCGCCUGCAUCCUGGAGGCGCCGGUGUCAUUUUGGACAAGGACGUUGCCGGCAAGGACGCCACCACAGUCUUUUUCGGUCUCCACCGCCACGAGGUCCUCACCAAGCCCCAGUACCGCCGCCUGAUUAUCGGCCAGAUUGAGGGCGAGAAGGAGAAGAUCCGCACCCCCCAGCCAGGAGACCUCUCUCGUGUCCCCUACGGCGAGCCCACCUGGCUCAACCCCGCCUACCACACUCCCUACUACAACGAGUCGCACCGCAAGCUCCAGAAGGCUAUCCGCACCUACAUCGACUCGGUCAUCUACCCGGACGCCCAGCUCUGCGAGGCCAACGGCAAGAAGGCGUCUGACGUCGUGCUCAAGAGCAUGGCCGAGAACAACCUCAACAAGAUGCGUCUCGGCCCUGGCAAGCAUCUCCAUGGCCUCACUCUCUUCGACUCGGUCAAGGGCGAGGACUACGACUACUUCCACGAGCUUGUUGUCACGCAGGAGAUCACUCGUGUCAUGGCUCGUGGUUACGGCGACGGCCUCAACUCGGGCAUGGUCAUCGGUCUUCCCCCAGUUCUCAACUUUGCCAAGGAGCCCCUCCGCUCCAAGGUCCUCAAGGAGGUCUUCUCAGGCGAGAAGAUUAUCUCUCUCGCCAUCACUGAGGCGUUUGCCGGCUCUGACGUCGCCGGCCUCCGCACAACCGCUGUCCCCACCGAGGACGGCAAGCACUACAUCAUCAACGGCACGAAGAAGUGGAUCACGUGUGGCCACCACUCGGACUACUUCACCGUCGGCUGCCGCACCGACGGCGGCCUGACCGUCUUCCUCGUCCCGCGCGGCGAGGGCGUCGAGACCAAGCCCAUCAAGACGUCUUACUCGAGCGCGGCCGGCACCGCCUACAUCACCUUUGACAACGUCAAGGUGCCCGCUGAGAACAUGCUUGGCCCCGAGAACGGCGGCCUCUUCGUCAUCCUCUCCAACUUCAACCACGAGCGCUGGAUCAUGUGCUGCUCGACCGCACGCACCUGCCGCGCCAUCGUGCAGGAGUGCAUGCUGUGGUGCGCGCAGCGCAAGGUGUUCGGCAAGCCGCUCCUUGCUCAGCCCGUCAUCCGCAACAAGCUCGCCUUCAUGAUCUCCAAGGUCGAGGCCAUGCAGGCGUGGCUCGAGCAGGUCACUUUCCAGAUGACCAAGAUGAGCUACAAGGAGCAGUCCAAGAACCUCGCGGGCCAGAUCGCGUUCCUCAAGAUGAUGUCGACGCGGUACGGCGGCGAGAUUGCCGACGACGCCGUGCAGAUCCUCGGCGGCCGUGGCCUCACCCAGACGGGCAUGGGCAGAUUCGUCGAGCAGUUCCAGCGCACGCACAAGUUUGACGCCAUUCUCGGCGGCGCCGAGGAGGUCCUCGGUGACCUCGGUGUGCGCCAGGCAAUGCGCUCGAUGCCCAAGGACCAACGCCUGUAAGCGUGCAGCGGAUGGUAAUGGUAGAAGCAAGCGUGUACACUCUGUAGCCGGACCGCGGUCAUGUCAUGUGAAUAGUAUCAAGUUUG